ACAAGCUUAGCAAGCUGGCUAAAUGCCAUCAGAUGCCAGCUGAAGUUGCCAGAAUUCGGUAAUGACUUCAGAAAUAUUAAAUGAAACAAAAUACUGAGCAGACGCUCUAUAUAGCCUUUAUCUAAACAUUUUAAUAAGUCUGCCUAGAGCUACAUCAGGCGCUCCCUGGCGACAGAAGGUUAACGUUACUGAUGCUGAUGGAGAGAGUUGAGAAACCCCUGUUGGAGUGAACUUCAGAUACAACACGCAAACUAUUUAUGUCUGAGGUCCAGAGGCAGGGUUGGCCAUGCACCCUCCUCUGCCCCCCUCCAGCGUGCGUGAGCUGGUGCGCUCGUGCCUGCAGCGUGACCCGGUGGCGGCGGAUCUCCGGCUCAGCCUCUUCCUGUCCGCCGUGCAGAGCUACAAACGCGACUCUGUGCUCCGCCCCUUCCCCCCCCUCUACCUGACCGGCGACACCAAGGACUUUGAAUCGCUGCUGAAGGAUGCCAGCUCGCUGCCCGGUGUGCGGGAGCUGGUCCGGCUGAACGCGGGUCAGGAUGAUGCCCAGCUGGCGCUGACCCACUGGGUUCUGUCCUCCAAGAGCUUCGCCAUCAAGACCCUGCAGAAGGAGGAGUAUGCCAGACUCUGUAACCUGACGGAGAGCUCAGAGGUGUCUGCUCCGGUGCCGGACUUCCUGUUUGAGGUGGACUACUGUGAGCAGAUGACCUCACGCUUUGAGAAGACGCGUGCAGGACGUGACAUCAUCCACGCCUUCCACGGCAGCCGCCUGGAGAACUUCCACUCCAUACUACACCACGGCCUACACUGCCACCUCAACAAGACGUCUCUGUUUGGAGAGGGCACCUACCUGACCAGUGACCUGAGCAUGGCGCUGCUGUACGGUCCCCAUGGCAACGGGUGGCGGGAGAGCCUGCUGGGGCCGCUGCUCAGCUGCAUCGCCCUCUGUGAGGUCAUCGACCACCCCGACGUCAAGUGCCAGGUGAAGAGGAAAGACGCAGAGGGUGUGGACCGGCAGCGUGUGCGUGCGCGGAACAGUGAGGGGGGCGACGUGCCGGAGAAGUACUUUGUUGUGACCAACAACCAGCUAGUGAGGGUCAAAUACCUGCUGGUGUACUCCCAGCAACGCCACAGAACCAGACCCUCUGCGGUGCCUUCGUGGCUGGUGCGUCAUCACUUCUUCAUCAUGAUGAGUCUCUACCUGCUGCUCCUCAUCCUCAUCGGGGCCUUCAACUCCUCCACAUUCCAGAACCUCUGGCAGCGCGCCUUCCGAUGACCCGGACCACACACACACACACACACACACACACACACACACACACGCUGACCAGUUCACACAUAGACACACAUAUGCAUAUGCACAAACACAUAUACAAACACACAUUGCAUGCAUAAAGCAUUUCACACACGAUACAUACACAGUACACACACGCAGCCUACAGAUGUCUCUCACACACACCUCUCAUCUAAAGUGCCUUCCGCCUCUAUACACACUUAUACACACACACACACACACACACACAGCCUCUGUGGCCGCUGCUCUGGAUUGUGCAUCCUAUUCCACAUCACAGUCGCCCGGCCACGUUCAACAUCACAGCCGCCCGGCUACGUUCAACAUCACAGCAGCCCGGCCACGUUCAACAUCACAGCCGCCCGGCUACGUUCAACAUCACAGCAGCCCGGCCACGUUCAACAUCACAGCAGCCCGGCUACGUUCAACAUCACAGCAGCCCGGCCACGUUCAACAUCACAGCAGCCCGGCCACGUUCAACAUCACAGCCGCCCGGCCACGUUCAACAGACGCUCGGAGCAGAGGAGCAGCGCACUCACUUGCACAGAAGUAGUUCUGCGCUGCGCCGUAUCAACGAGAGAAUUCUGUUUUAUCAUUUUAAAAGCAUUCUGUUGCUCUAACUUUAGGUGACAAGUGAUCACUCUUGCAGCUGCUCCCCCAGAUAGUCAUGUCUGACUACACAAUACCAGAUAGUCAUGUCUGACUACACAAUACCAGAUAGUCAUGUCUGACUACACAAUACCAGAUAGUCAUGUCUGACUACACAAUGCCAGAUAUAAACACGUCAAGUCAUGCUACAGAUUACAGAUAGUGAUUAUAUUUCUAGAAUAUGUAGAAAUCAUUUGAGUACAGCUGAGAUGUGGAGCUGAAUUGUUUUGGGGUUCAUGAAUAUCAUGCUUACGGUUUAUAUUUUAAAUUGCUCUUUUAAUUUCGCUCUGAAUUACUUAGUUAACAGGCCCUUGCAGUGGGGACCAUGAGAGCAUUUACUAUGCGCUCAUUAUAUAGUAUAUCGUGCAGAAGGUAAAUGGAGGGAGAGGGGUCUGGGUAAUCCCAGUAAAACCUGUAUAUUUUUACUGUCAAAAUAAUCCCAGUAAAACCUGUAUAUUUUUACUGUCUUCAUUUCCAUUGCUACACAGAUGUAGUCCUCCUUUCAAAGAGAACAUGUCUGCUCUUGGACACAAAGACUUGAAUAAACUCUGGAAAACUC